CGACCGCAAGAGCAGUGACCACGCCUGACCCGGACCGAUUCUAGAAGGAACCAAUCGCAAAAUGGCACCGCAAUACCAAUACAAAUGGCCAGCGAACAAGCUGGUUACUACUAUCGCCACCCUGGGCAUUGCCUUCCAGCUCUACUGCACCUACGCUACAACUCCCAUCCCGCUCCUUGAAGUCCCUUACCGUCUCGUCCAUGAAUAUCUCGGCCAAAAGUUCCUUGAUCACACCGUGCUCUUCCUCGUGAUCUCCCACUCCAUGGAGGUUUCCUAUGCGGCAUACAUCGCCCACAAUGCUAAUGUGCCGUGGAAUGUGACCAUCAAGUAUUUGCUCGGUGUCGCGGCGUGGGGAGGACUUCAGCUUGGCCAGUUGAAGUCGAUUGUCAAGAAGGGCAAAGCACAGUGAUGCAGUAAUAGAGCCAACA